AGCUCCUCUGGAGUGGGCGGAGUCAAACCACGGGGAAGCGUCACUGAGGGUGCGGUGCGUUUACUGACUGAAGGGUCAAACGCUGCCGCCGACGAGGAGGAACAGACAUCCGGAUUAACCAAACCAAAACACUCUCUUUUGCGUUUACAUUUUUCGCACCGUCGGUUUUAUUUUAGUUCGACGCGGUGACGAUGUCUUCGAUGGACCUGGAGAGGCUGAAGAUGACGGGGGCCGGACGCGCCAUGGCCGUGCUGACCAGCGGUGGAGAUGCACAAGGGAUGAACGCCGCUGUCCGAGCUGUGACCCGGAUGGGGAUUUACGUGGGGGCCCAGGUCUAUCUCAUUUAUGAGGGAUACCAGGGCCUGGUGGACGGGGGAGACAACAUCAAACUGGCCCACUGGCACAGCGUGACCAACAUCAUCCAGCAGGGUGGGACCGUGAUUGGCAGUGCCCGCUGCAAGACCUUCCCAACGCGCGAGGGCAGACUGGCCGCGGCCUUCAACCUGGUGAAGAAAGGCAUCACCAACCUGUGUGUGUGUGGCGGAGACGGCAGCCUCACCGGAGCCAACGUCUUUCGCAGCGAGUGGAGCAGUUUGCUGGAGGAGCUUGUGGAGAAAGGACGGAUCACAGACACUCUGGCCAAGCAGCACGAUCACCUGAACAUCGUGGGACUUGUGGGCUCCAUAGACAACGACUUCUGCGGCACUGACAUGACCAUCGGAGCCGACUCUGCGCUGCACCGCAUCAUGGAGAUAAUUGAUGCCAUCAUGACGACUGCACAGAGCCACCAGCGCACAUUUGUUUUGGAAGUCAUGGGUCGACACUGUGGGUACCUGGCCUUGGUGUCAGCGCUGGCAUCUGGGGCAGACUGGCUCUUAAUUCCAGAGUCUCCUCCUCAGGAGGGCUGGGAGGACCGCAUGUGUUCCCGUCUGGAGGUGAGCCGAACAAAGGGGUCAAGACUGAACAUCAUAAUCGUUGCAGAAGGAGCCAUUGACAGAAGUGGCAAGCCCAUCUCCUCAACUUAUGUAAAAGAUCUGGUGGUGAAGCGGCUGGGUUACGACACCAGAGUGACCAUACUGGGCCAUGUUCAGCGAGGAGGAACUCCCUCAGCGUUUGACAGAAUACUGAGCAGUAAGUUGGGUGUGGAGGCUGUAAUUGCCCUGAUGGAGGCGUCUCCAGGCACCCCAGCCUGCGUCAUCGGCCUGUCAGGUAACCACCCUGUUCGUCUUCCUCUAAUGGAGUGUGUGGAGAUGACUAAGUUGGUCCAGAAGGCCAUGAAUGAAAAGAGGUUUGAUGAGGCCGUCAAACUGCGUGGAGGGAGCUUUGAGAACAACUGGAACAUCUACAAGCUUCUUGCAUUCCAGAAGCCUUCCCAGUCUGAGAGCAAUUUCUCUUUGGCUGUUCUGAAUGUGGGAGCCCCGGCUGCAGGGAUGAAUUCGGCCGCAAGAUCAGCUGUGAGAUUAGCGCUCGCUCAGGGACACAAGGUCUAUGCCAUCAAUGAUGGAUAUCAAGGACUCGCCAACGGAGCGGUCUUUGAGAUGGAAUGGCACAGUGUGGCGGGAUGGACAGGCCAAGGGGGAUCACUGCUGGGAACAAAACGGACUCUUCCUAACAAACACAUGGAGAAGAUUGUGGAAACCAUUUCCAAGUUCAACAUCUCAGCUCUACUUGUAAUUGGAGGGUUCGAGGCGUACGAAGGUGUGCUGCAGCUGUUUGAGGCCCGGAGUCGCUACGAUGAGCUCUGUAUACCCAUGUGUGUGAUCCCUGCCACCAUCAGCAACAACGUGCCUGGAACCGACUUCAGCCUGGGAGCCGACACCGCUGUCAACGCUGCCAUGGAGGGUUGUGACAAGAUCAAGCAGUCUGCCAGUGGGACCAAGAGACGGGUGUUUGUGGUGGAGACUAUGGGUGGAUUCUGUGGCUAUCUGGCAACAUCCACUGGGAUAGCGGUGGGUGCCGAUGCAGCCUACAUCUUUGAGGACCCCUUCAACAUCCAUGACCUAAAGACCAAUGUGGAGCAUUUAUCUGAAAAGAUGAAGAAGGACAUCCAGCGGGGUCUCAUACUGAGGAAUGAAAAAUGCCACGAAAACUACACCACAGAUUUCAUCCAUAAGCUGUAUUCCUCAGAGGGGAAGGGCAUCUUUGACUGCAGAGUCAACGUGUUGGGACACCUUCAGCAGGGAGGGGCACCUUCUCCCUUUGAUAGAAAUUUUGGUACAAAGUUGGGUGUGAGGGCAAUCCAGUGGAUUUCAGAGAGAUUCCAAGAAAACUUCCGACAAGGCCGUGUGUUCACCAACUCACCAGAUACAGCAUGUGUGCUGGGCCUCAACAGGAAGGUCAUCAAAUUCACCCCUGUUGCUGAACUGAAGGCUGUGACCGAUUUCGAGCACCGGAUGCCCAAGGUCCAGUGGUGGUACAAUCUGCGGCCAAUGCUCAAAAUGUUGGCCAAAUAUCAAACCAGCUUCUGUGAAUAUGUCCCGGGAGAGAUUGAACAUGUGACUCGACGCUCCAUCAGCAUUGAUUCUGGGUUCUAGGAGAAACCACAGUAUUCUCUCUGCACUUCUUCCACCUCAUCUGUCCAUCCUUUGUUUCGACACAGAUUACAGAUUUUAAGAAUCUGAUGCUGCGCACGUUCACAGGACUGAACACAAGCCAGCAAUGAUUUCAGUCUGUUGUCAGUGUCAUAGUAGCUACAGAACUGUAAAUAAUGUAAGUGUACUUCAGGUACUGAUUUAUUGGAUGAGGUUUUCAAUACAGAACAUUUAUGCUAAUCAAUGUGCCAGGAGAGCCUUUGCAUAGUAAAAUCACUGCCAUAAAAAGUGAACCAGAUGUGCCAUUGUAUUAAUUUACAGCUAAAAAAAAAAUAAAGUAGUUUGUAUGUGUUUGCUUUCAAAAUCACACGCCAAAGAAAUCUGGAAAUUCCAACUUAACAGACAAAAUAGUGAGCCACUACAGUGUUACUGUGACUCAUGGGACCAGAGAGUGGGUAAUUAAGUUUGAUUUAUACACUGUGUAUGACUGGAACACUGCCAUUUUUCAAUCAUUAAUGCAAACUGAACAGAAAAAAAUCACAAAAUAUGAACAGGCUGUUUAUUACAUUGAAAAUACGCUACUGAAAUUACAAUAUGGACAUCUGUCAAGAAAUAUGGAUUUAUGUAUUACUUUGUCACUAAUGCUGUGACUGCAUCUUCAAUAAAAUGUUAUUCAACUGUG